CCCCGGAAGAUGGCGGCGGCGGUGGCGGCGCACUCCUGACAGGAACUGCUCUCCGGGCAGCAGCGGUCGGGCGCGGUGCCCGACCCGGCGGGUCUCCCGGGCACUCGGCCACCGCCCCACCCCCCGCCGCGCCAUGGAGCCCGAGCUGGCUGCCCAGAAGCAGCCCCGGCCGCGGAGGCGAAGCCGCCGGGCCUCCGGGCUCAACGCAGACUGCGCCGCGGGACCUUCGGCCGACACCCCCAGGCCGGGGCCCGACGGCCGACAUUCCCUUCGGAGAGGGAGCUCCUUCACAUUUUUAACACCUGGCCCCCAUUGGGACUUCACUUUGAAAAGAAAGCGGAGAGAGAAAGAUGAUGAUGUCGUAAGCCUUAACAGCCUUGAUCUGAAGGAGCCAAGCAAUAAAAGAGUUCGUCCUCUGGCUCGGGUCACAUCCUUGGCAAACUUGAUCUCCCCUGUAAGAAAUGGGGCGGUCCGGCGCUUUGGUCAGACAGUCCAGUCCUUUACCCAUCGUGGUGACAGCAGAUCCCCGGCUUCUGCCCAGAAGCCAUCGAGCAGAUCAACAGUCCCCACACCUUCCAAAAGGAGAAGCAGUGCGCUGUGGUCCGAGAUGCUGGACGUCAGCACGAAGGAGUCUUUAAGUUCCAAAGAGAUCAGACGUCAGGAGGCAAUAUAUGAAAUGUCCCGGGGUGAACAGGAUUUAAUCGAGGAUCUCAAGCUUGCAAGAAAGGCCUACCAUGACCCCAUGUUAAAGCUGUCUAUUAUGUCAGAAGAGGAGCUCACCCAGAUAUUUGGUGAUUUGGACGCUUACAUACCUCUCCAUGAAGAUCUGUUGGCAAGAAUAGCAGAAGCAACGAAACCUGGUGGAACAGUGGGGCAGAUUGGUCACAUUCUGGUGAACUGGUUGCCGGGCUUGAAUGCCUACAAAGGCUACUGUAGUAACCAGCUGGCGGCCAAAGCUCUUCUGGAUCAAAAGAAACAGGAUCCAAGAGUGCAGGACUUCCUCCAGCGGUGUCUUGAGUCUCCCUUCAGUCGAAAACUAGAUCUGUGGAGCUUCCUAGAUAUUCCUCGAAGUCGCCUGGUCAAGUACCCUUUGCUAUUAAAAGAAAUUCUGAGACACACUCCAAAAGACCACCCUGAUGUUCAGCUCCUGGAGGAAGCUACACUGAUAAUACAAGGGGUCCUGUCCGACAUCAACCUGAAGAAGGGCGAGUCGGAGUGCCGCUACUACCUCGAGAAGCUGGAGUACCUGGACGAGAAGCAGAAGGACCCCAGGAUCGAAGCGAGCAGGGCGCUGCUGUGCCACGGGGAGCUGAAGAAUAAAAGUGGGCAUAAACUUCACAUAUUCCUGUUUCAAGACAUCUUGGUUUUGACUCGGCCUGUUACACGGAAUGAGCGUCACUUUUACCAGGUUUAUCGGCAGCCGAUCCCUGUCCAAGAGCUGGUCCUGGAAGACCUGCAGGACGGAGACGUGCGCAUGGGAGGCUCCUUCCGAGGGGCUUUCGGCAACUCAGACAAAGCUAAAAACAUCUUCCGAGUUCGCUCCCAAGACCCGUGUCCAGGCCAGUCCCACACCCUGCAGGCCAACGACGUGUUCCACAAGCAGCAGUGGUUCAACUGCAUCCGCAGCGCCGUCGCGCCCUUCCGGCCGCCCGCCGUCGCCCCCUGCCGGCCGCCCGCCGAGGGGGAGGAGAACGCCCCGAGCCGGGCGUCCACUGCCACCCGGGGGGAGGGCGACGGAGACGCUCCGGGGCGGGCGGCCGAGGCUAGGGGGCCGAGAGCGCAGCAGACGCGGUCCGGCUCCCGAAAAGCAAGGGACCCGGCCCGGCUCGGCGGCAAGCGGAGAGAGACUUUGGUGUGAAGGAAGUGCCGUGCGUUAGCUGGCGAGAGGUGGUUUGUUUAUAAAUGUGUACAGUUUGUUUCUCUUGUGAUGUGAGCGCGGCAACGUCGCAGGGCUACUUGGGACCCGUCCUGACGUUUCCUGGUUUGGGUUGCUUUUGCUUGUUGUCCCCCUCCCUUUUGUUUUUAAUGGCAGCUAAAGAUACAGCAGAUUACUGUUAAACUGUUGCCCGCCCCCCCUUUUUUCUAAGUGUUUUUCUCAGAUUAUUUAGAACAUGCAAACCUGGUAUUUUUAAUCAAAUGAAAUAUUUAUGAAAUGGA